AUGUAUGACGAGUUUGGCAGGACAUACCUCUUCGACAUCGACAGCUGGCAUCUCAAGCAGCCGCCGUGGUGGGAUGGUAAACCAGAGGAUUGGCAAACGAAAUACUGUGUUGAUGCCUUUCAUGCCGGUAAUUUUACAAGAUUUCUGAAUCAUUCAUGUGACCCAAACUGCAUCAUUGUUCCCGCUUACAUCAACGAGGCCAAUAUCGACAAGCCAUUGCUCACCAUUUGGACGAAUAAGAGCGUAGCCGCAGGCGAGGAACUUUGCUUCUCAUACGUUGGUGAUCCUGAAGACCUGCCGCCUCUGGUGAGUCAUACCGGGUAUCAUGGGGUGAUUGCUCAGUAUAUGCUGACAUCGUCACCAGACGAAGAACGAACGCCAACAUCUGCAAGCAAUUCAUUCUAUCUGCCAAUGUGGCACUAG